CAGACACAUAAUAACAAGACAUCAGCAUGACAUCAUAUCUGUUUUCCUGCCCCUCCUUGCUUAUCCACAGUGCCAAAGCAUCUCUUUUAAAUAUCUAAUAGGCUGUCUCCUAAACCAUAAAUACAGGUUCAGGUCUGAAAUUUUGAAGCAUGUACACAAAAUAUGACUCUGUGCUUUGGUUGGAUCAGAUGGCAUAAUGUCCACAUGGAAAAGACUAGGGCAGUGUUUUGUACUGAUAAAGCUGCAGCUGUUAGUGUCUUACUCCCAGACCGAGGACAUGUUGUGCAGCCGAAUAGGAGAUCCUGAGGUCCCACAGCUGUCUAGGGAUGGAGACAUUAUGCUGGCGGGAUUCUUUUAUUUUCACGUCAGUUGGAAGAACAAACAGAAUACAUACACACAGAAACCCUCGCCACUGGAAUGCAUCAGUUUGAAUUUCAGAGAGUUCCAGUUUGCCCAGGCUAUGCUUUUUGCCAUUGAGGAGAUCAACAACAGUACAGAGCUGCUGCCUGGUGUUUCUCUGGGAUAUCAUGUUUAUGAUACUUGUGGGUCUGUUACCAGAAGCAUAAAAAUUGCACUUGCUUUGAUCAAUGGUAAUGAAAAUACAUCUUCAUUGUCAGAUGAGUCAUGCAUCAGACCUGUCCAAAUGCAGGCUAUAGUGGGAGAAAGCUCUUCCUCUCCCAGUACAGCAGUAGCUACUGUUAUUGGGCCAUUACACAUCCCACUGAUCAGCCACUUUGCCACAUGUGCUUGUCUCAGUGAUAAAUCCAAAUUUCCAUCCUUUUUAAGAGUGAUACCCAGCGACUACUAUCAGAGCAGAGCUCUGGCCCAUUUGGUUAAACAUUUCGGUUGGACUUGGGUUGGAGCCAUUAGAACCAAUGAUGAUUAUGGCAACAACGGCAUGGCAACGUUCACAGAAGCUGCACAGCAGCUCGGCAUCUGUCUGGAAUAUUAUGUUGCUUUCUUUCGAACAGACCCAAAGGAAAAACUACAAAAGAUUAUUGACACUAUUAAAGCUUCAACUUCGACAGUGAUUGUUGCUUUUCUCUCUCCUCGGGACAUGGAAGUGCUUAUCUAUGAGUUGUCCCUUCAAAGCAUUACAGGGAUCCAGUGGGUUGGAAGUGAAGCCUGGAUCUUUGAUUCUGAAAUUGCAGCCCUGAAUACGAAUCACGUCUUGGAUGGAGCCAUUGGUCUUUCUAUUCCCAAAGCUCAUAUCAAUAAUUUUAGGGAGUUCAUGCUGGAUGUGAAAACACUCAAUUCCUCAAAUAAUAAUUUGUUUACAGAGUUCUGGGAGGCUUUAUUCAGCUGUAAAUUUAAACAAUCCCAAUCAGAAAUAAUCCAGGAAGAAUGCACCGGACAAGAGGAUGUGACCGGAGUGGAAAACAGCUUUACUGACAUGUCGCUGAUGCCAAUAUUCAAUAACAUCUAUAAAGGAGUGUAUGCAGUGGCCCAUGCUCUUCAUAUUGUUCUUCAGUGUAAUAAAACAUGUAACAACAAUGUGAAUAUAAAUCAAUUAAAGAUUUUGAAGCACAUAAAAAUGAUUCACUUUAAGACAAAGGAAGGAGAAGAGGUUUACUUUAAUGAAAAUGGAGAUCCACCUGCAAAGUAUGAGAUUAUCAACUGGCAGCCAAGAGAAAAUGGCUCUGUGGAUUUUGUGACCGUUGGUGUUUAUGAUGCAUCGUUACCUGCAGACAAUCAGCUGAAAUUCCCUAUUAAGUCUUUAGUUUGGACACACAAUUCAACUCAGGUCCCCGCGUCAGUUUGCAGUGAGACGUGUCGACCAGGAACACAAAAGGUUCUGCAGAAAGGAAAACCUGUUUGCUGCUAUGACUGUAUAAGCUGUGCAGAAGGAGAAAUAAGCAACAUUACAGAUUCUGUCACUUGUAUGAAAUGUCCUCUUGAGUUCUGGUCAAAUGAAAGAAGAGAUGCUUGUGUGGUAAAGGAAGCCGAGUAUCUGAAAUUUGAAGAGAUUAUGGGAGCCCUGCUGACUGCAGUCUCCUUGUUUGGAACAUUUCUGACGGCUGCUGUAGCUUUCAUUUUCUUCAGAUACAGAAACACUCCUCUAGUCAGAGCAAACAACUCCGAGCUGAGCUUCCUGCUGCUCUUCUCCUUGACUCUGUGUUUCCUCUGCUCUCUGACCUUCAUCGGACGUCCAUCAGAGUGGUCCUGCAUGCUUCGUCACACAGCUUUUGGCAUCACCUUUGUCCUCUGCAUAUCCUGUGUUCUGGGGAAAACCAUGGUGGUCUUAAUGGCCUUUAAAGCAACACUUCCAGGGAAAAACAUCAUGAAAUGGUUUGGACCUACUCAGCAGAGACUCAGUGUUCUGGGUUUAACUUUUAUACAAGUGAUCAUAUGUAUCCUCUGGUUGACCAUUUCUCCGCCGUUUCCAUCAAAUAACUUUAAGGAGUUCAAAGAUAAAAUCAUCUUGGAGUGUUCUCUGGGCUCAGCUGUGGGCUUCUGGUCUGUACUCGGGUAUAUUGGUUUCCUGGCCGUGUUGUGUUUUAUUUUUGCUUUUCUAGCACGAAAACUGCCUGAUAAUUUCAACGAAGCUAAAUUUAUCACCUUCAGCAUGUUGAUAUUCUGUGCUGUAUGGAUCACCUUUAUACCAGCUUAUGUCAGCUCUCCUGGAAAGUUCAGCGUUGCUGUAGAAAUCUUUGCAAUUCUGGCGUCAAGCUUUGGACUGUUGAUUUGUAUCUUCAUUCCAAAAUGUUACAUCAUGUUGGUUAAUCCAGAAAAAAACACCAAGAAAAAUGUGAUGGGGAAAUGA